AUGGACGAAUAUUCUGUGGACAACAUGAACAACACAACACCUGUACAGUUCGAAGAAGAAAAAGUGUGUUUUAAGGUGGACAUUUUCCCUUUGUUCGUGUUUGCUUUCGUGGUCAAUUUUCUCGCCCUCAUCGCUGUGUUCAAGGCAAAACCAAGAAUUUCAACGCCAACCUCAGCCAAGCAAAUUCACCUGCUCAUCUGUUGUCUCGCUGUUUCGGACACUGCAUCACUGGGUUUGCAAUGUGUGAUGCCUGUAGCUUCGUUCAUAAACUGUGGCUGGUGGGGAGGUCGUGUUACUUGCGGCAUUUUUGGUUACAUCAACGCCAUUUUCAUUCUAUGGUCAGCCUGGAUCGUAUCACUUUUAAGCUUUCAGAGAUUUUUUGCGACUGCAUUUCCAUUCCAACAUCAACGCAAUUUCACGAUGAAGAAAAUUAAAACUGCCGUGGUCUUUAUUUUCUUUAUGCUUUGCUUUUUCUUCACGCCGCCAUUUUUUGGCGUAGGUGCGUUUGUCUAUUACGACACAGGCCAAUUUUGCAGCUUGAGUUUGACACCAACUGGAAAAUCAGACACGAUUUUUCUUGGAAUACUCGUCACGCAGGGUGUUACUUGCGUGUCUGCGGUCCUUGUUUUCAAUAUACACGUUGUAGAAUCGUUAAAAACAAGGAGGACGCCAUUUCAUGGGAGCACUAGGCGCGCAAUGGAGGACACAACAGCCACUUUCGUGUUAUUGACAAAAGCUGUGGCCUUCGUGUUCUGUCUCUGCAAUAUCCCCCUUUUGGUAAGUAAAGUAUCAAAAAAAUCUGCAUAAUGCACUCUGUAGGUAUCCUAAGUCGAUAUCGGACAAUAGCCGAUGAAUUUGUUAGUCGAUGGUCGACCGACAGUGGUAUGAUGCUUACGUCCAGAUUUAUCAAAAAUCAACGGAGAAAUUGCCGAUUAAUUUGGUAGCCGAUGGUCGACCGACAAUCGACCGAUAGUGAUCCGAUGCUUAUCACACAUCGAGAAGUCGCCGACAAUAUUUCGAGCGUCGGUCGACCAUGCAGAAAUUUAUCAAUACUAUCGCAACAUCGAUUUCCCAAAUUCUACACAGCCAUUUAAUUUCAUUUUAAAUAAUUUAAAGGGCACACUUAUAAGGAACUGAUAUGAACGUUCUUUUCUCCCACAGAUACGAAUAGCGGUAGACUUAUUUAAACAGACUUCUCAUGAAGACCUCGGCUUGGAACACACCCUAACAAUGGCCUUGAUGUUCUUAAACACUUUGGCAAAUCCCUUUAUCUACGUCGCCUGCAGAAGACGCUACAGACGGAGCCUACUGAGACUUUUUUGUUUUGGUCAGCGGAAGGGCAUAACUCGAGUGUACUUUUAUGAGGGCACAGGGACAUCAAAACCUGUCCACAGUUUGAGAUGUAAAGGAGAGACUACAGUUUUUUAA